AUGAUUGCAGCACAAAACGUACAAUAUCUUUUCGAAAAUAAUGCCGAUGUUAAUAUAGCAAAUUCAGCUGGUGAUACAUGUUUGAUGCUAUCAGCUUAUUAUGGACAUUUGGAUAUUGUCGAAUAUCUCCUCAGUGUAGACAGCAAUAUUGAAGCAAAGUCAAAUUCUGGUUCAACUGCUUUACAUAAUGCUGUUGAACAGGGACACCUAUCUAUAGUUCAAAGGUUGUGUAACCAUGGUGCAAAACAAGUGAAGAAUUUAGAUGGUAUGACACCAUUGAUGAUGGCGGCCAUUAGCAAAAAGAGUGACUUUGUCGAGUAUUUUAUAAGUAACAACAGAUGCAAUUCACGUUUAGAAGCUAUCGAGGCGUUGGAAUUAUUGGGUUCACUUCUUGCCCAGACUAGUAAUACCACCUCAGCAUAUUCUUAUAUCUUAAAGGCAAUGCAAUUGAGACAGUCAGAUCCAAUGAAUCCAGUCUUAAAAUUGGUCUUAGCACCACAAGAGACAUACGAGUAUCGUGUGGAAUGUCAGACAAUCGAACAACUGGAGCAAAUUCGGUCCAGUGAUGAUUUAAUGUUGAUCGAGUCACUUAUGAUGCUGGAACGAAUUUUAGGAUCUGAUAAUAAAACGUUUAUUGCCGUGCUCAUUGACCUUGGAACACAAUAUGCCAAUGAGAAAAGAUACGGCCGUUGCUUAAAUUUAUGGUUACGAGUAUUGCAACAACGGAAUAAACUUCAAAUAAGUAUAAAAUAUCAUCUUAUUCGAAUAGCACAAGUAUUCAGUGAAAUCAUCUGCGAAAAUGUUUAUAUACCGUAUAAAAUGUUUCUUCAUAUAUUAGAAUAUAGUAUCGAUGAUUUAGAACGUGUUCAAACUGUACAAAACGAACUAAAUCAAAAUUUGAAUAGUGUUUUAUGUUUGAUUGCUCUCAUAUCGAAGAUUACAAGACACCCAUUGACAAGUUUAUUGAAUACAGAAUCGGCAAGUAAGUUCAAUUCGAGCAUUCUAAACCAUAUGAUCACUAUAUUUGGUUGUGAUAGUUUAUAUCCGUGUGAAGCAAGUACGCGACUCCUUAUUCAAUGUGGCGCUGAUGUUAAUGCAUUUGAUCAACAACGAAAUACACCAUUGCAUAUCAUUGCGCAAUGGAAACCUGUAGAAACUGACGGUGCUUUUCGAACAUUGCAGACGAUUGUGAGAUUACUGAUUGAUAAUGGUGCACAUUUAGAUGUUGUAAAUUCGAAUGAUCAAACUCCGCAAAUGUGUGCGGAAACGAAAACAGCUGAGACGCUGUUAAAAAGUCAAACAAAAAUUAGUCUCAAAUGUAUAACUGCUCGAUACGUUAAAAAAUUGAAAAUAGAUUAUCAACCACAUGUUUCUAAAACAUUAUUCGAUUUCAUCGAAAUCCACUAA